AAGUUAAACUUUUUGUAUUUUUGAGUGCACCCAAAAGCCGGCGAAAAAAUGUGGAGAGCGAUAAAGUGUACGCUACGGCAAGCAUAUAACAAUUUCCAUUACUCGCGUUUGAUGAGUACGAAACCCACGAAUUUACAAAAAAACGUGAAUAUUGCGCGAAUGGUCGGAACUAUUUCUAGUGAUGUGUUCAGUUCCGAAGUUAGCAAAACCCGACUAUUUUUCUUGAGAACCUUCAAUCAAGAUCAUUUUUAUGAUACACAUAAAAUAGUAGUUCCGGCAUAUGUGAUGGAAAAAUUGCCUGGUAUACCCAAAACGGGCCAGAAACUCAUCGUCACGGGAAAACUACGAACCGGCUAUUUCACUCAGAAUGGUGGAAAACGGGGGACAUACAUGCAGAUUAUGGCUAAACAAAUUUACCUAUGUGACAAUGGCGACGCAAAAGAAGCAAAACAAACGGAAGCAUAUGAAGAUUCAAAUGUUAUUUUCGAGAAUAACAAAUUGAGCAGGACACAUGGUGCGGCAAAUUUCGAUAUCAAAGAUCAAAAUCACGUUGAAAUCAUGGCACAAAUAUGUUUUGAUAUAAUAAAUGAGGAUUCAUAUAGCUAUUUCAACUUGGCUCUUCACUACCUAUCGAAAAAUUCCGAUGGACUGGAAGAAGAGCAAACUGACUUUAUAACAGUUUUUGCAUACAAUGAAUCGCUCCGGAACAUAGUUAGGACCCAAUUGAAACGAUUAGAUCGUGUUCGAGUCGAAGGAACUUUAAAAUAUAAAGCGUGUAUUGAUAGCGCGGGGAAAAAGCAAUACAAAUGCUAUAUCGAGGCUAACAAAAUUGCAAAACUGAUAACACUACGACCAAUGAUUCGAGACGCAGUCAAUGUGAAAGCACAAAACACUUAA